AUGGCGCUCUGGGAUGGACUUUCUUGGUUCUCUGUCGAGCGCUCUAGAGGUAGUCCUCUAAUUCAGUGGAUACAAUCUGCAUUGGCCUUGUAUGCGACCCUGAAUUUGAAUGCUUCAGUUUACCCGCCGGAUUACUCUUCCAAAGUUUCAGAUGGGGAACAUGCCGACUUCAUUAUAGUAGGCGCUGGUUCGGCGGGCUGCGUGCUGGCCAACAGACUGACUGAGAUCAGCAACUGGACGGUCAUACUAGUGGAGGCGGGGACCUAUCCCUCUAUUGAAUCUACAGUACCGGGUUUGUAUUCCCUCGUGGACUACUCUUUCGAAGACUGGAACUAUUACACAGUCGACGAUGGAUACACAAGCCAAGCGCACAAAUCAAAGAACAUACACCUCACCAGAGGCAAAAUGCUCGGAGGCUCCAGUGGCGCUAAUUACAUGCUUUACGUUAGGGGUAAUAAGAAGGACUACGACGAAUGGGAAGAAAGUGGACUGGAGGGAUGGUCUUGGGACUCUGUCCUAACUUACUUUAUAAAGAGCGAGCGCCUUCGUUCCGAGGAAAUAUUGGCGAGCCAUUCAGCUGAUCUGCACGGUACAGAUGGAUUUCUAGGUGUGACUCGGCCACUCUGGCAAGAAAAAGUAGGAAAUGAUUUAGAAGCGUUCAAAGAGAAUGGGCAUGAAAUUCUAGUUGAUACGAAUGGAUACGAACAGUUAGGAUACUCCUUACCUACAUUUACCAUAGACAAUAAGACUCGACAGAGUACGUCAGUUGCAUUCCUCAGGCCUAUAAAAGACCGUGAAAAUAUACGAGUAUUGACUAACACUUUUUGCAGGAAGAUUCUAUUUGAUGAAAACAUGCGAGCUAUUGGUGUAGAGGUCAAGCUUCCAAACGGAAAAAUUAUAAAUCUGAUGGCUAAUAAAGAAGUAAUACUUUCGGGUGGAGAUAUUAACAGUCCACAAUUAUUAAUGUUAUCUGGCGUCGGACCCAAAAAACAUUUGGAAGAAAUGGGCAUACAAGUUUUACUCGAUGCACCAAAUGUAGGCGAAAAUCUCCAGGACCACCCCACAGUUCCAAUAUUUAUAAAUUAAGGCAAGAAUACUUCAUCAUUGUUUGCUGAUGUAGAAUUAAUAACAAAUUUGGAUAAAUUUCCUAUCCCCGCGUUUAUAGGACACGUGGCGUUGAAUAAAUCGCAAACUUUUCCUGAUUAUCAAACUUACGCCUUAUCUAUAGGUGUCGAUUCUAUCAUACCUGCAGUCAUGUGUAGCCACGUGUUUAGAUAUGAUGAUGAAAUUUGUCGUGGAAUGGUCCAGAUCGGGAGGACAAAUCAUUUACUUUUCACAGGUGUCACUCUAUUUCAUCCAGAGUCCAGAGGAAGGAUUUAUUUAAAAAGCAAGGACCCAGAGGAGAAAGUACUUAUAUAUAACGGUUAUUAUACGAACCUGAACGAUUUGAAAAAACAUAUGAAGAGUGUGGAAGAUUUUCUUACUAUUUUAAAUACAACGCAAAUGAGAAAAAUUGAUGCAAAAGUUUUUGUUUCCAUUGAUCAAUGUAAAGAUUAUACAAUGAACACUCCUGAGUAUUGGAAAUGCUACAUUUUGAACAUGGUCACUACUUUGUGGCAUCCUGUAGGGACGUGUGCCAUGGGGCCUGAGGGAGAAGGUGUAGUAGAUGCUUCGUU